GCUCCAGACUCGCCCCAAACGCCCCCAGACUCGCGCCAAACGCCCCCAGACUCGCCCCCAAACGCCCCCAGACUCGCGCCAAACGACCCCAGACUCGCGCCAAACGCCCCCAGACUCGCGCCAAACGCCCCCAGACUCGCGCCAAACGCCCCCAGACUCGCGCCAAACGCCCCCAGACUCGCGCCAAACGACCCCAGACUCGCGCCAAACGACCCCAGACUCGCGCCAAACGCCCCAGACUCGCGCCAAACGCCCCCAGACUCGCGCCAAACGCCCCCAGACUCGCGCCAACGACCCCAGACUCGCGCCAAACGCCCCCAGACUCGCGCCAAACGCCCCCAGACUCGCGCCAAACGCCCCCAGACUCGCGCCAAACGACCCCAGACUCGCGCCAAACGCCCCCAGACUCGCGCCAAACGACCCCAGACUCGCCCCAAACGACCCCAGACUCGCGCCAAACGACCCCAGACUCGCACCAAACGACCCCAGACUCGCACCAAACGCCCCCAGACUCGCCCCAAACGCCCCCAGACUCGCCCCAAACGCCCCCAGACUCGCCCCAAACGCCCCCAGACUCGCCCCAAACGACCCCAGACUCGCACCAAACGCCCCCAGACUCGCACCAAACGCCCCCAGACUCGCCCCAAACGACCCCAGACUCGCCCCAAACGACCCCAGACUCGCCCCAAACGCCCCCAGACUCGCACCAAACGACCCCAGACUCGCCCCAAACGACCCAGACUCGCCCCAAACGACCCCAGACUCGCCCCAAACGCCCCCAGACUCGCCCCAAACGCCCCCAGACUCGCCCCAAACGCCCCCAGACUCGCCCCAAACGCCCCAGACUCGCCCCAAACGCCCCCAGACUCGCCCCAAACGCCCCCAGACUCGCCCCAAACGACCCCAGACUCGCCCCAAACGACCCCAGACUCGCCCCAAAACGCCCCAGACUCGCCCCAAACGCCCCAGACUCGCCCCAAACGACCCCAGACUCGCCCCAAACGCCCCCAGACUCGCGCCAAACGCCCCCAGACUCGCGCCAAACGCCCCCAGACUCGCGCCAAACGCCCCCAGACUCGCGCCAAACGCCCCCAGACUCGCGCCAAACGCCCCCAGACUCGCGCCAAACGCCCCCAGACUCGCGUCAAACGCCCCCAGACUCGCGCCAAACGCCCCCAGACUCGCGCCAAACGCCCCCAGACUCGCGCCAAACGCCCCCAGACUCGCCCCAAACGACCCCAGACUCGCCCCAAACGUCCCCAGACUCGCCCCAAACGCCCCCAGACUCCCCCAAACGCCCCCAGACUCGCCCCCCUAAACGCCCCCAGACUCCCCCCCCUAAACGCCCCCAGACUCCCCCCCCUAAACGCCCCCAGACUCAACGUUAG